CCCAGUGUAUACCCGGUCAAUAUUUCCCUUGCGACCCAAUCCAGUGCCUGUAUUCAGGAUCGAAGAUCCCUAGACGAGACCAGAGACAUUGGCCACAGGCUAGCGCUCUUCUUUAGCGGGCACGGCGCUGCUGAAUCCAGGGCACCUACCGCUGAUCCAUGUUGGACAAAGAAGCCCUGUAAAAACGCUCUACAGCGCCCCUAACCCUCCCGUGUGGCGCUCAGUGCGGCUUGUGAAGCUCAUCGAUCCACAAAGGUGGGAGCUCUGAGCUCCAGCAUGGGUGACCGACGUCAUCAGUGCCCCUCAUUCAUCAUCUGGUGGGUGACAUAUAGCCGAACCUCUUGAAACUUCCACCAUAAAUCUUUGGUAUACAGAAGCAUACAGUAGGAUAAUUGCUACUGUGUUACCUCUUAGUACGGAGACUAUUAAUUCUUGCGUUACCCGAUAUUUGUCCAUCCAGACGCAAUGACCGCCGCCGCCGUCUUCGCCGCCGGUUCCACAGCCCUCAUCACCGGUGCCGCCUCCGGUAUUGGCUUCGCACUCGCCAAGCUAUGCCGCAGCAAGGGAAUGAAUGUUAUCAUUGUCGACAGAAAUGCCGAGGCUCUUGAGACUGCCUGUGCAGCGCUCGCUUCUGAGGGAGGCGAUGAGCCCCGCGUUGUGGCCUCGGUUGCAGAUGUUAGCAGCAUCGACGACUGGAAGGCCCUCAAGGAUAGCGCAGUAUCCAAGUUUGGCUCUAUAGAAUUCGUGGCGCUCAAUGCUGGUGUCGGCGGCCGAGGAACUUGGGGUGAUGAUGACUACUUCCGCAAGAUUCUUGAGACCAAUGUUUUUGGCGUUAUCCAUGGCGUUGGAACAUUCCUUCCUGUCGUCCAGGAGGCGGCCAAGUCGAAGCCAACCUCGAUCGUCAUCACGGGUAGCAAGCAAGGAAUCACGAACCCGCCCGGCAACCCCGCCUACAAUGCAUCCAAGUCUGCCGUCAAGACGCUUGCCGAGCAUCUUAGCUGGGAUCUCAAAGGCACAAAUACCAGUGUACACUUGCUCGUCCCAGGUUGGACAUUUACUGGCAUGACUGGCGGUGGUGGCGCAAAGGAGAAGCCGGCGGGUGCUUGGGCGCCUGAGCAAGUCGCAGACUUCUUGUACCAAAAGAUGGAAAAGGACGAAUUCUAUGUCAUCUGCCCUGACAACGAUGUAUCGGAGGAGACAGACAAGAAGAGAAUGCUCUGGACUGUUGGCGAUGUUGUCAAUGGUAGACCUCCCCUGACUCGCUGGCGUGAGGAGUGGAAGAAGGAAGCUGAAGAGACCAUGGCCAAGACUAACAUCUAAAAACUUACACAAAGCAUUAGCUAUAAUUUGUCGAGAUUUCUAGCAAAACGAAUACGAUCUCAUGAUCAACG